GCAAGCGCUGAGGAACCGAGCAUCGAUGUUACCGAUGCCGCCGUAACCUACACUAUGCAGGUUGGUGUUGGCUCCCCUGCCACUGACUACACACUUCUGAUUGACACAGGAAGUUCCAACACCUGGGUCGGUGCAGACAAGAAGUAUAAGAAGACAUCAACGUCGAAAGAUAGUGGUAGAACAAUUCAAGUGUCGUAUGGUUCAGGCUCCUUCAGUGGUGAGGAGUUCACGGACCAGGUCACCCUUGGCGGUGAACUCGUGAUCAAGAACCAGGGUAUUGGCGUGUCCUCUCAGGCACAGGGAUUCAACGACGUAGAUGGGAUUCUCGGUAUUGGCCCGACUGAUUUGACGGACGGCACGGUUAAAGGUGGACAAGUUGUGCCGACCGUGACAGACAAUCUCUUCAAACAAGGCACGAUUCCGACAGAAUCCGUUGGUAUUAGCUAUGUCCCUACGACUGGUUCAGAUGGUUCUGCCUCCGGCAUGCUGAACGGCGAGCUAACCUUCGGCGGUACUGAUUCGUCCAAAAUCACGGGCGAGAUUACCUACGUACCGAUCACAUCAACAAGCCCUGCUAGCAAUUACUGGGGAAUUGAUCAAUCCAUCACGUAUGGAAACUCGGGUACUCAAAUCCUUGAUACAACAGCAGGAAUAGUGGACACCGGAACGACACUCCUCUACCUUGCGUCUGAUGCCUUCUCGGCAUAUCAGCGUGCAACUGGCGCUACCAUGGACCAAGCAACAGGUCUCCUCAAGCUCUCAAGCAGCGAGUUCAACAAUCUGCAAAGCCUAUUCUUCCAGAUCGGUGGAACCACAUUCGAGAUGACUCCUAACGCACAGAUCUGGCCACGAUCGCUGAAUAGCACCCUUGGUGGUGACGACAAUUCGAUUUAUCUCGUCGCUGCCGAUAACGGCACAAACAGCGGACAAGGCCUUGACUUCAUCAAUGGCUUCGUGUGGCUGCAACGCUUUUACACUGUAUUCGACACUACCAAUUCACGUGUUGGUGUUGCUAACACUCAGUUCACGGACGCCGAAACCAACUAG